UUGAGCGCUUUGUCUGUUUGAAAUGGCGAAGACGUACGAUUACCUCUUCAAACUGUUACUCAUCGGAGACAGCGGAGUCGGCAAGACAUGUCUGCUGUUCAGAUUCAGCGAGGACUCUUUCAAUACCACCUUCAUAUCCACAAUAGGAAUAGACUUCAAAAUCCGAACAAUAGAGCUGGAUGGAAAGAGAGUCAAACUUCAAAUCUGGGACACUGCAGGGCAGGAGAGGUUCCGCACCAUUACUACAGCUUACUACAGAGGAGCGAUGGGAAUCAUGCUGGUCUAUGACAUCUGCAAUGAGAAGUCAUUUGAAAACAUAAAAAACUGGAUUAGAAAUAUUGAAGAGCAUGCCUCAUCUGAUGUUGAGAAGAUGAUCCUGGGUAACAAAUGUGACAUGACUGACAGGAGACAGGUGUCCAAAGACAGAGGUGAAAAACUGGCUAUUGAUUAUGGAGUUAAGUUCUUGGAAACCAGUGCAAAGUCCAGUUUAAAUGUGGAAGAGGCUUUUUAUACAAUUGGAAGAGACAUAUUACACAAUCUGAGUUCAAAGACAAGUGACAACAACGCUGGAGGAUCGGGCAAACCAGUCAAGAUCACAGAGAAAAAGUCGAAGAGAAUUAAAUUCUUCAAGUGCGUCCUUGUAGCAGCAGCUGCAGCAGCAGCAGAGGUCAUAUUCAAAGGGCCUUACUGCCAGCUGAAGCUCACAGGUUCCUGA